AGUGUGUAUGCUCACUCUGUUUCUCCACUCGCCACGUGUGUGUGUGGUGUGUGUGUGUGUGUGGGAGAGUCGCUGGAAAAGGGCUGCACUGUGAGGCGGGAUUCCCCCCUCCUCCACCCUACCUCUGUCUGUCUACCCAGCACAGACGCUCCCCAGACAGAGCCAGCCGGCACGAGGCAAGCGCGCACCGCGACUAGGUGCUUUCCAAAGACAACAGCAGCAGCCUCAGCAGCAGUAGUGAACGAGACAGCCAGCCAGACAGACAGACAGACAGACAGACUGACAGACAGACAGACAGAUAGUGACAGAGAGUUGUAGUGGCUUGUGUUGUUAAGAGACUUGCUGCUCUCAAAGGCAGCGACAAAGAAAUAAACAAACAAACAAACAAACAAGGACCCUGAUUGUUUCCCUUUCAGUGGACUCCAGUGAAGAAAACACCUUGCGUCACUCACACCCGCUCUCCGCCCAGGAGGGGACUUUUCUUGUCUACGGACGGCAGAGGAGAACCACAGAGGCGUGGGAAUCGAAGGACGCAGGUACGGACCCAGGGAUUGGAGAAGUUACCGGAAAAAGUCAUCGCGGCAUAACAAGCAAGGAGCCGGAGAGACGAGAGGAGCGAAAGGUGAAAUAAAAGAAAAGGGAGGGGGAAAAAACAGCAGGACACCCAACAUGGAAGCUCUUUGGCUAGCACUGGCCGUGGCCUUGUGCCUUGCGGGCACCGCCAGCGCCCUCUCCACCUGUAAGACGCUUGACCUGGAGGUGGUCAAGCGGAAACGCAUUGAGGCCAUUCGUGGCCAGAUCCUCAGCAAGCUGCGCAUGGACAAGGAGCCCAAGGCCGAGCAGGAGGCCGAGACUGAGAGCGAGGCGAUCCCACUCUCGCUCAUAUCCAUCUACAACAGCACGAUAGACCAGAAUGCCGAGCGGCACGCCAUGGCGCCGCCACUUACGCCGCAGCUAGAGGACGAGGACUACUUUGCCAAGGAGCUGCACAAGUUCACCAUCACAGACAAAAACCUAUCCAAUACCGAGAUGAAAAUGCUGUUCAACAUGAGCGCCAUGCGUGCGAGCAUCGUGAGCUCGGCCCUGCUGACCAGUGCCGAGCUGAGACUGUUCAUCAAGCAGACCAGCAUGGCCCAGGGCGACCAGCGGCUGGAGCUGUACCGUGGCUUGGGCCCUGACCAACGUUACCUGGGCUCCCGCUUCAUCAACAAGACCAUGAAUAGAAAUUGGCUCACCUUCGAUGUCAGUGACACCGUCCGGGAGUGGCUGCAAGGCAGCGAGGACCAGCAGGCGAUAUAUCUCAAACUGCACUGUGGCUGUGGGGAGAAAGCAGAGCCCAAAAUGGACUUUAAAAUCACAGGCUUGGAUGAUCAACGAGGUGAUCAAGGCGCACUGGCAAAAGAGAGUAAGAUCAACUGGCCAAACAUCUUGACCAUGUCCCUGCCACCAGACGGCACGUCUCCCACCAAGCGGCGGAAGCGAGCCACCUCCACCGAGGAGUUCUGCUCCGAUACGAGUGACAGCUGCUGUGUGCGCAAGCUCUACAUCGACUUCCGCAACGACCUGGGCUGGAAAUGGAUCCACAAGCCCAAGGGCUACUUCGCCAACUACUGUGUGGGCUCCUGCACCUACAUCUGGAGCACAGAGGACAAACACUCUCAGAUUCUAGCUCUGUAUAAGCAUCACAAUCCCGGAGCAUCGGCCCAGCCCUGUUGCGUCCCUCACGUCUUGGAACCACUGCCCAUCAUCUACUACGUUGGCCGGCAACACAAGGUAGAACAGCUGUCCAACAUGAGUGUCAGGAGUUGCAAAUGCAGCUAAGCAGCUGGAGUGAGAGGCCCCCCCAAGUUUCAAUGGACUACCUGCCACUGCUACACACACACACACACACACACACACACACACACACACACACACACACACACACACACACAUACACACACACACACACGCUCAGUCAAACUCACAUAUUCACAUUCACACAUACACAAAGACAGGAAUAUUUUGAACAGAAAUCUUGUCCCUAUUGCUCAACCAGUUGACCAGAAUGCUAACAGCACCAAAAGCACCAUGAGUGCGAAGCUUAGUUUUUCAAUCUUUGACAAAGGAAUGUUGUAUGUGUAGUGUACGUUCCAUUGGAUAAAUGCAUCUGAUAAAUGAAAAUAUGCACAUGGCUUAAACCCUCAUUGUCAGACAAACAUGCAGUACACAGACACACAUACACUCACACACUCAAACACACACACACACAUACACACACACACACAUACACACACACACUUCCCAUUAUGGAGGGCAGUCUGUGGCAGAAAGAAGAGGAUUGAGAUGUGGAGAAGCUGAAGACUCAGAGAGAACUGCGAUGAACUCAACAAACAGGAACAAGGAUCGGCGGAGGACAAACAUAUUGACCAAAGUUGGAAAGGCACAGCAAGCAAACCCUUUGCACUCAGCAUCCUUUCUCCUCCUCCAGAUGCUUUUUGAAGACCAAAGGACAUCCAUU